UCUAGUCUACUGUCUAGUACGUAAGUGUGCUCUCGUAUCGAAUUUCACUUCCUGUUCCCCAGGUAUCGGUACACACCUGUGGAGAGAGGCGCACGUCUUUAUUCUGUCCUGAAACUUAUUAAAAGUUACUUUUUUUUUCCCUUUUCAAUCGCUUUUUCUUAAAUUAAAGGAGGAGUGAAGAAAUAUUUUGUGUUAAAAGAAUUUUACAGCAGACAAGGGACCCCAUGAUCAUGACGAUGACCACCUACUGGACCUGUGUAUUAGUUCUCUCCACCUCGCUGCUGCAAACACUUAUUCUGGCUCAGAACACUGGAGAUCAGUGCUUCAACAAGUUCACCAAAGGAAAGGAAGACUUUGUUUUAGAUACUGAUGAGUCAGUGAAGGAUGGAGCCCAGUUCCUCGGGUCUCCAAAAGUGACCGGGGUGAAAGAGUGUGUGUCGGCGUGCUGCGAAAAGUCCGAGUGUAACCUGGCCCUAAUGGAGAACGGAGAUCAGGAGGGGACCAUCAAGACCUGCUUUCUGUUCAGCUGUUUGUACAAGCAGAAGAAAGUGUGCCGCUUUUUCCGAAGGAAGGGUUUCAGCAACUACAUGCUGACCUCGGUUUUUGACAGCUACCUGAAGGACUAUAACCCAGAUCAGAAGGACCAACCACCUAAGUCAAAUGCAGGACAGGACAGAGUGGUGCAACCUCAUGAUAUGGUGAUUCUUAGUGGCCUCGAGAGCAAGGAUGAGCACAAACAAACUCUUAAGUACCAGUGGGUGCAGGUUUCUGGAAGCCCUGCAGCUAUCCUUGAGAAAACCCUUUUUGGUGAUGAAGUGAAGGUGUCCAACCUGUCUGCUGGAGUGUUUACGUUCAGGCUGACUGUCACGGAUAUUGCUGGGCAAUCUGACUCAUCAGAGGUUACAAUCUUGGUCCUCACACCUGAGCAGUCACACCACCACUGCCUGGUGCCUAAGAAGAUAGGACCAUGCCGUGGUUCCUUCCCUCGCUGGCACUACAAUGCGUUGUCUGAGCAGUGUGAGAAGUUCUAUUUUGGUGGUUGUAAUCCAAACCGCAAUAACUAUCUGUCUGAGGACGAAUGCAAACAAGCAUGUGAUAAAGUUUCAGUUCAUACAUUUCCAUCGUCAGGAAGGCAUGGUCCAGUUGAACUUCCAAGUGAGGAGUGUGGUGUGCCAUGUAAACCAGAUAAGUUUACCUGUGCUAAUGGAUGUUGCAUAGAUAAAGAACUUGAAUGUGAUCAGGUGAAGCAAUGCCGCGAUGGCUCAGAUGAAGAGCAGUGUAAAAAUAUGGACACAAAGUUUCGCAGAUUGCUUGACCUAGAUGUAGAGGAAAAGGAAGUGAUUACAGCCAGCCAUUGCACACAACCUCCUGUGACCGGACCAUGCAGGGAGAGCACUACCAAGUGGUAUUACAACCCAUAUGAAAUGAAAUGCAUUCGCUUCAACUAUGGUGGCUGCAAGGGCAACGAUAACCAAUUUAAUUCUGAGGAGGACUGCAUGACACUUUGCAGUAAAGUAACUGAGAACGAUGCUUAUGAGAGACGGUCAACUUUUGAAAAGCAGUUACAAGAUGGUCAAUCAGUGUCCAUUGCCAUUGCUGUUGCACUGGGUUUGGCCAUCCUGAUUUUGUUAGCUGUGCUUGGUUACUGCUUCUUGAAGGACAGGAAGCAGCGCCAACCAAGGCACCAGCACGUGUCUGCUAACGGCACCCACCUACAUCUUGGAGAAGACACAGAGAAACUUGUCUACAAUAGUACUACCAAACCAAUCUGAUCCCCACCUUCUUUGUCCAUCAAGAGCGGUCCUGUAUUCUAAUUCUAACACAGUAUGCAUUUCCUGCUGUAUAAACACCCAAAUCUGUUCAUUAAGGGUUUGAAUAUUAGCUAAUGAUAUGAGUUACAUGUUCAAUGCUACAUUCAUGAUCCCCAAAGUAUUGGAAUUACUGUACUGUGUAUACCACCCUGAAAGGUUUUCUUGGUAGAAAACGCGAUAGGAAUUCUGGUGGAAAUUUUUUUUGACUCCCUACCGCCUCUGAUUCUUUAAGUAAAUCUGGUAAAGCGGCAACUGCCUACAUAUGCAAGCUAUGUUUCCUUAAUAAUGUUUUUAAAUAAUUUCUCUUUUUUUUUUUUUAACUGGAGAAGGGGAUUUAGUGGAUUUCCCCCCACUUCAGCUUUACUUAAAAUUAGAAGGAAUUGCAGUCAUGUUUUACAUGAACACAGAUGUAUGCUAAUACAAGUUCACAUUACAUAAAAAGCACCAUAAUAUUUUCUAGUAAAUGAAAUAGCAACGCAUAAACACCCAAGUCAGAACGACAACAUUUUCACAUUUGCCUGGUUUUUCUUUCUGCCUGAAGCCAAUGCCAGGAAAAUUACAAAACUCUGCAAAACAUGGUGACCCCCAAGACUGGAAUUUACACCCACACUGCUUUUAAUACUGUUAAAAAAAUAAGCAGAUCCAGAUUGUUCGCUAAUCACUGAGCCUUUUAGCAAAGAAAUCGGAAAAACUAAGGAAAAUUAGUGUGGCAGCAGGACUGAAUUUAGAACCUUUUUCUUGAGAUACGAUUCGCUUCUUAGUGCUUAAUUUUAUCGCAACAGUCCACCUGCUUUAAAUCAGGUGUUUCUUUUGAGGAGGUAAGGUGAUUGUUAACUUUAUAUAUUUUUUAGUUUGUUUGUAUAUUAACUAUAUUGUAUACUUUAAAGCUAAAGCUGUUUUGAUUUAUGUACUGUGAUAUACUGGUUGUUAAUAAGCAUCUCUGUACUCAGGGUUAAAUAUUCUCAUUUAUAUGUUUAGAUCUGCUUUGAUAUGAGAAUUAGACUGUCUAGAUUGACUUAAAAUAAAACUACUCAAAAAAGCAUGUAUUUUAUGUGAUUUGGCCUGGCAAAGUGUUAGUGUUUAAGAAGGAUAUACCAUUUAAACAAUUUUUUUUUAGUGUUUCAUUGCUCAUAAAUAUCACUAUAUUGUUAAAUGAAAACUAUUUAAGAAAAUGUUAAAAUCAUUUCCACAAACCAGAUUUUAAUAGUUUAAGUUCAAACAAUUAAAUGUGAUUUUGUUCACUUCUUUAUGUACAUAUAAAUAAAUCUUGUUUGACAUCUGUUUUUAAAGAUUCAAUAAAAACAUAUGUAUAUUAUGCA